AUGGACGGUCGUACCUUCCAAAAGCUUGCCACGAUGUUGAAGCCAAAGCUAAGGUCAAAGGGUCUUGAGCGCUGGGCCUUGAAGCCUAGGAAAGAAAUCUUUCGGCAAAUUCCGUUCGCCGUCCUCAAGCAACCCUUCUCAAAAUUAUUGUUCCGCUCCGAACAUCACAACCAUUUACGAGGAAUCACAUCAAUGGAUAUGAAUACUCUUAAUAUAUCAGCGACGGUGAAUAUAUUUCGUCUUCUUGCAAGGCCGACGCUGAUUUUACCUCAAGCAACGGUUUCCACUUUCAACCACCUGCCGAUACCCCUCAAUUCGGCCUUUGGCAAAUAUCAAAAUGCUGAUAUUAGAGCUGUAGUGCUGGACAAGGAUAAUUGUUUCGCAUAUCCUAAGUCGAAUGACAUUCAUGAGCCUUACAAUGACAAUUUCAAGAAACUUCGGAAAGCUUAUCCAGGUCGGCGGCUUCUGAUUGUGUCUAACACAGCCGGUGCUGAGUCAUUAGAUCGUUCUGGCAAGCUUGCUGCUGAAGUUGAGAAGUCUACAGGUGUUCCUGUUUUGCCUCAUGCUUCUAAAAAGCCUGGUUGCGGUCAUGAUAUCAUGGAAUACUUUUCAAAAUAUCCCGAGACUGGAGUCACCAGACCAGACCAAAUAGCGGUCGUCGGUGAUAGGCUUACCACUGAUAUCAUGAUGGCAAAUCUGAUGGGUAGUUAUUCUGUAUGGAUCAAAGAUGGGGUUAUACCGGUGGAAAAAGCAAGUGUGUUUGCAAGAUUAGAGCAAAAUUUCGCUGGAUUUUUGAUUCGACGCGGGUACGAGGCGCCGGAGCCAGCAAGUCCAUUCGAAAAGUAG